UCGUUAGACUCUCUUGCUUCCAUGUCCCUUUCUAUGGGUUGUACGUUUCUUCGCCGCACUUUCUCCGGCGAGAAAUCCAUCGGAAAAGUUCCUUUCUCGCCUACAAUGUUUUGAACUUUGAAUCAAACUCCUAAAAGUCCUCCACUCGCUUUCCAGUUUCUGUUGGUUGAUCAUAUCUCAAUGACGUGAAGUGGAGUGCCAACAAUCGAUAUCGACGGAUGUGGAUGAGUUGAUAAAGUUAUGUGAUUUCAGCUGCUCAUUCCUUCUCCAGAGGAUGAAGUGGGGGUAUUCUGCAAACUAUGGCUGUGGCGUCCUGGGAAGAUGGGAUACCAUAAAUGCAGGGACCUAUGGGAGUAAUAGCGUGGAGUUAUUUUGGUUAGAAACUAGGAUCAAAGAUUUUUGUAGUGAUGAAAAUGAUCACAAAUACUUGAGAGGUACCUCUUGGGGACGGUUCAGCUGCAACCCAACCUCUAUCACCUCGAGGGUGUGUAAUGCUCGAGUUGUGAACCCAGUUUGGUUUGCUUUGGAAACCACCGCUCAAAUCGAUUAUAAGAGAAGGGGAGCUCUGAGGGCUAAACAUAUCUCACUUGAUUCCAGAAGAAAGAAGAAGAUGAAGCAUAUUCUUGACUUACCGUAUGAGAUUUUGACCACCAUCUUGAUCAUGCUAGCAUCAUCCUCUGAUGGUGCCGGUGACAUUGCAAGGAUUUCAACCACAUGCAUAAGGUUUAUGAGCCUUGCUAGUCAACCCCAUGUUUUGAAGGCGGUUAACUUCCGAAGUUUGACUUCGACCGAAGAUUAUGAGCCACAUCAUAAUUUGAAUGGCCUCCUUUGCCAAUGUGCAGAAGCUGGAAAUUUGGCUGCUGAAGCCAUGCUGGGAAGGGCUCUACUCUUUAACGAUUAUUGGUUCUGGAACGUUUUGAUGGAUGACAAUCAACCACUGAUAGCUCGAGAGGGGCCCGCUAGUGGAGUUCUGCUGCACGAGAAACUUGUGAGAUCGUUCAUUGCUUAUAGUAGUUGUCAAGACAUGGCUCCGAUGCGUAUCCCGUUGUUCAGCUACAUGAUCUCGUUCCUCGGAUAUGAUGUUGCUCGUGAAUGUGGCAUCCUUCUUGCCGUCACUAAUCUGUGUUCCUACGAGAUCAUAAGGCUUAACGUCCGCAGCCUAAGCAACAUUCCGGAAAAUUCUGGAAACAAUGUGUCGGUGAGCGGACUUAGCAACGCCAUGGCUCGACUGACGCCACCAUCUGGAGCGACCCAUCGAGAACGAUUGCUUGCCCUGUUUGAUGAGUUUUUCCCAUCUGCUCCUAUCUGAGUUUGUAACAUCCUUUGGGGACAUGAAAUAAAUAAAAUAUAAAAUAUAAAAUGG